AUGAAUCGAAUUGUGAAUGCAUUUUUUCGGAAAGCUAUUUUGCUAUUCAUCUUUUUGUUAUUGGUGCUUAAUGGUGUAGGAUUAUUCAUCAUGUAUAAGGUGUUAGGCACUUCAGCCAACUCAGGAACUGCAGGUUCUGCUGCCAAUGGAGCAGAAAACACAAAAGCGAUUGCUGCUGGCUUUGUGCUGAUUUCAAUGGCUGUAGCUUCAUCAAUUCUCAUCCAAGUUGGUAAGCCACCAACCAGGACGCAAACAGUUGAAUACUCUGGACUAUCUCUCGGUUACUAUAGCAACAGGUUCAAACCAUCAGAAAUAGUGGCUGCAGUGCCAAGCCAAGCUGAAUCCUCCCCAUCAAUACAGCCAGAAAACUCUGCAUCAGAAGCUCCCCAGAUACGGGCUCAAUCUUAA